AUGAUCAGCGGCGAGCGAGGGUCGAGUCAAAAGCAACCGGCUGAUCCCUGUUCGCUGCUUUGCCUCAACGCUGUGGCUGUCCGUGAGUGUGGCCUGACUGAGGACGAUCGAUGCAAGUAUAUUAACCAGUCCCACAUCGCUCAUAAAUCCGACGCCCAAUCUUCAUUGACGGCGAUGAGUUGGAAUAAUGGUGCGAUGAUGUGCGAUGUGAUGCCGACGAUCAGUGAAGAUGGUGUCGACAAUGUUACCACCAAUGAUGAUCAUUCGCACGACGCCAACAUCGAGCAGCUCAUGGUCAACAUGCUUGAAGAUCGCGACAAGUUGCAAGAACAGUUGGAACAGUACAAACGACAGAUAGAUGAAAGCAACCAACGAGUGCGCGAUCUCGAGAAGGAGAAGGAGAGUCUCCGGCGUCAAUUCGAAAUGCAUACGCAACAUUUACCCAACGAAUUGCAAUCGAUGACAAAAGAGCUUGUCCAGAUACGCGAGCAGUUACUAGAAAAAGAUGAAGAAAUUGUCGAACUCAAGGCCGAACGAAACAACACCAGAUUGUUACUAGAACAUCUGGAAUGCCUUGUAUCUAGGCACGAAAGGUCAUUACGAGUUACUGUAAUGAAACGGCAAGCUCAGAGCCCGGCUGGGGUCUCAUCGGAAGUAGAAGUCUUAAAAGCUCUAAAAAGCUUGUUUGAACACCAUAAGGCUUUGGAUGAGAAGGUCAGAGAACGCUUGAGAGUUGCCAUGGAACGCGUGGCCACUCUGGAAGAAGAACUUACAUCGAAAGGUGAGGAGAAUUCGGGGCUUAAAGCACGACUCGCCAUGGUUGCAGCCGAGGCUGAGGAAGCACAGGCCAAAGGCCAAAAGACGAAUGGUGCUUUGAGUAGCGAAUCAGCAGCACGCCUGGUCGAAAUGCAAGAAGCUUGCGAACGAAUGAAAGUCGAGUUGACUAAUAGCUUGAAACAAGUUCAGGAGCUUAGUGCAAGGAAUUCUGAAUUGGAAGCUCAGCUUUCAACAGCUCAGAAGGACACGCAUGCGUGCCAGGAGCAGUUGACGAAGGUUAAAAAUCAGUUGCAUGAAGCUGAAGCACAACGCAACGACCAGGAGGCUCGAAUUUCAACGCUGGAAAGCCGUUUUCUGUCGGCGCAGAGGGAAGCAACGUGCAUCCGUGACUUGAACGACAAGCUCGAACAUCAGUUGGCCAACAAAGAUGCAGCUGUGCGUUUGAACGAAGAAAAAGUUCGCUCACUACAAGAACGUCUUGAGCUGGCCGAGAAACAACUUGCACAGAGUCUCAAAAAGGCGGAAUCACUACCAUCUGUCGAGGCAGAAUUACAACAACGAAUGGAAGCACUGACUGCCGCUGAGCAGAAACAACUUUCUGCUGAAGAACGGGUUCAGCGAUUGGAGCGACAGGCUUUGGAAUCAUCAGCUGAACUCGAGCGAGCUGUCCAGAGGGAAAAGAUGAAUGAGGAACAUAGCCAACGCUUGAGCAGCACUGUUGAUAAGCUGUUGUCUGAGUCGAAUGAUCGUCUGCAAUUACAUCUGAAAGAGCGCAUGCAAGCUUUGGACGACAAGAAUCGUCUUACCCAACAACUAGAGAACACGAAGAAAAUCUACGAUCAGGCUGAAAGGACGAAAGAGCGUCUUCAACGUGAUAAUGAUGCUCUGCGACAGGAAAUCGAAGCUUUACGCCAGCAACUGUACAAUGCGCGAACAGCGCAGUUUCAUUCAAGGAUGCACGCAGUUCUACCACCACCCCUUCCUCUCGUCAUACCGAAUGGUAUUGCUGCUCCGUCUCCUCAGACCGUCGUUCCUCAACCAUUUGCGCAGAGCUCUUACACGAACUCUACCCCUCCCGGCUAUGCCACCGUCGGAGUUCGGCGGCCGAAUAAAGGCAGGAUUGCUGCAUUGCAGGAAGAUCCAAGUAAGGUUCAAACACUCAAUGAACAAGAAUGGGAUCGAUUGCAACAGGCACAUGUUCUUGCCAAUGUUCAGCAGGCCUUCUCAUCUUCCCCGUCCAUGCUGGAUAUGGGAGGUGCUGGUACCUUACCGCGCGGUUCCUCUCAGAAGCAGUCCUCUCAGCAGCCGGACCUCCUCAUGAAUACCAUGCCGCAGCAGGGACAGCAAGACGCACACGUGCUUGCCUCCAUGCUACAAGAGCGUCUCGAUGCGAUAAAUUCGGAGAUAAGAAUGAUACAACAAGAGAAGCAUCAUGCAGAAAGAGCAGCUGAACAUCUAGAAUCUCGAGCCAGAAAUGAAUUUAUGGAGGACCAUCUCAGUGCUCGCAGUACUCCUCGUAACAGCCCUCAACAUGACUUUCUUAUCAAUAAGUACAACACUUUGCCUGCGAACGCAUCCACUUCUCAUAUGUCAAGAGACAUGGAUAUGUAUGGGCAUCCGAUCGUUGACGACUCUAUGGUUGGGGAUUUGGACUACACACCCAGAAGACGGCAGCUUCGCCUUGAUCACGUCCAACAGCAGCUUCAGGGUCGUUUUGACGAAGCGGAUCGCAUGAGCCCAGCCUCGUCAGUGGCUUCGUCUACUGAUGGAUUUUCAACGAAGAAGAAACGAUCAUCAAGUUCCGGCGGUCUAAAGACAUUGGGUCGAUUGUUCAACAAGAAAAAAUCUCAGGGUGACACGUACAGAAGGGAUGCGGGCGCCUAUUCCGAUAGCGAGAUUUCGUCCGGAAACGAUGGUUCCGGUCGAAACGGCGACUUCGACAGGCGGAAAAAGAAAAAGCAUGAGUUAUUAGAAGAGGCGAUGAAAGCGCGAACCCCUUUUGCGUUAUGGAAUGGACCGACUGUAGUUGCGUGGUUGGAAUUAUGGGUAGGCAUGCCAGCUUGGUACGUCGCUGCUUGUCGUGCCAACGUCAAAUCCGGUGCUAUAAUGUCGGCAUUGAGUGAUCAGGAGAUUCAGCGGGAAAUUGGCAUCAGUAAUCCUCUUCAUAGGUUGAAAUUACGGCUUGCAAUCCAGGAAAUGGUUUCGUUAACGUCACCUUCUGCUCCUCGAUCGGCUCGGAUGACCUUAGCUUUUGGGGAUAUGAAUCAUGAGUGGAUAGGAAAUGAAUGGCUGCCAAGCCUAGGUCUCGGGCAGUACAGGUCCGCUUUUAUGGAAUGUCUUCUGGAUGCGCGAAUGUUGGAACACCUGUCAAAACGCGAUUUGAGAACCCAUCUGCGAAUGGUGGACAACUUUCAUAGGGCCAGUUUACAGUACGGCAUCAUGUGCUUGAAGAAACUGAAUUACGAUCGGAAAACGCUACAGGACAGGAGAAGAGCGUGUGAAACAGUGAAUCGAGAUCUCUUGGUAUGGUCGAAUGAGCGAGUGCAGCGGUGGGUGGAAGAGAUUGGUCUUGGAGCGUACGCUGGAAACCUCACCGACAGCGGCGUUCACGGUGCUCUUAUUGCUCAAGACGAUACGUUCGACUCCCAGGCUUUCGCUCUCUCACUACAGAUGAGUCCCCAAGACCAACAUGGUCGGCAGGUUCUCGAAAAGCACUUCGCUGUGCUGGUAUCGGAGUACCGCACCCCGGCUCAGCUGCGACAUCCGCGCGACGUGAAAAAGAAGCGUCGAAGUGCGCACAGAAGCCCAGCACCUAGGGAGUAAUUAAUCUGCAUUUUAUCUCUGCAAUCAUACAUGAUGAGUCUUUCAACGUGCUUUACCAUUGAGAUGUCAAUAAUUGGAACUGUUGUCUUACCAGGAUUGCGCAUAUUCAUUUCAUCUUCACUCAAGCAGGUCGCUCUAGUCAUUUUUUUCUUGUUCUUUCUUUUUUGACUUAUGCACACUCACUGGCUGUCAUGUUUUGCACUUGACGGCAAAAUUGCACUUUUCCUUAAUUUAUUUUUUCCAUUUUUUUCUCAGAUUGUUAUAGUUCUUUACCUUUGAUCGUCUAUAUGUAUUACUGUUGGGUGCAUGAUCUGAUGUAGUGUUGUAAAGAUCAUUUACGAUACAUUAUUGUCAUAACAUUGAAUUGAGCCCUGUUGUGGUGCCUGAGAUACAUUAGCGGCUUGCUCCUUUUAAUGAGUACUUUAUCUCACUUUGUCAUUUUUGAGAUCAAUGAGAUGCUGAUGAUGCGUCAUUUGUAUUUGUGUUUGUAUACUUGUUGGAAAGAGUAAAU